AUGACUCUAGAAGAAGUCCGCGGCCAAGAGACAGUCCCGGAAAGCACGACUAGGAUGCAGAGCGCUGGGAAAGCGCUGCACGAGCUGUUGCUGUCCGCGCAGCGCCAGGGCUGUCUCACGGUUGGCGUCUACGAGUCAGCCAAAGUCCUGAACGUGGACCCUGACAACGUGACCUUCUGUGUGCUGGCCGCCGACGAGGAGGACGAAGGUGACAUCGCGCUGCAGAUCCACUUUACGCUCAUCCAGGCGUUCUGCUGCGAGAACGACAUCGACAUUGUGCGCGUAGGCGACGUGCAGCGGCUGGCGGCUAUCGUGGGCGCCGGCGAUGAGGCGGGCACGCCGGGAGAUCUCCACUGCAUCCUCAUCUCGAACCCCAAUGAGGACGCGUGGAAAGAUCCUGCCUUGGAGAAGCUCAGCCUGUUCUGUGAGGAGAGCCGCAGUGUCAACGACUGGGUGCCCAGUAUCCCCCUCCCCGAGUGACGGCCGGGGCGCGGAGACCUUUGUCUGAUCAACGUGGUGUGACGCACCAGGCGCCUAGCGC